UGGUUUUAUAUUAGCGGAGCUGAGGUUAGUGAAAGCGGUGAAGCUGUUUUUAUCCAUCUGGAAAAUUAGCUCGCUUUGUUGUUCAGCUCAGAUAAAAACAGGAUCUCUGAAAGAAUGGAAGGUCAACCGAACCCUCAGAAGAAAAAGAACUUCGGGAUGAAGAAAAAGCAGCAAUUCCACAGUGGUGAUAUAGUGUUCACCAGAAAUGGAGCAAUUCAGACUCUUCCCGCCAUGACCAAACGUCUGAAAACGAUCACUGAGCCGGUUAUUGGCUUGCAGUACGUAUGGGAGUUUCGCAGCCCCACCAAGUCAGUUCCUCCUCAUUACCAGUGCAAACUGUGCAAGGUCCAGCGUCUGCAGAAUGAAAUGGCUGCUCAUAUCAUUGGAUGGAAGCAUUGCUUUAGAUACAUUAAAAAGACUCAUCCAGACAAAAUGCCUCAUACAGAGGAGGCUGCGACUAAAGACCCUGCCAUCAGAAAGUCUGUCAAAACAACUGCUGCUGAGGUGGAGAAAGAAAGUGGCAGAGGCCAACUCAGGGUAGUUAUUAAGGAACCUGCUGAUGUACCAGCGUUUCAGAACAUGAAGAGUGCACAUCCAAAUAUCGGGGGACCAGGUGUUGCAGGUCUCCUUGGCCCUCCUCCUAGAGGUCUUCAUUCAGGUGGCCCAUUUGAUGGUGGUUUUCCAGAUCCCACAUUCCCGGGGGAGUAUCCUCCUCGGGGUGGAAUGAUGUCAGAUUUCUCCCCGGGCAUGCACGGAGGUCUGGGUGAUAGUCCCAUGAAUAGGGGACUGUCAGGCUCUGGUCGGUAUGAUUCAGGGCCGGGACCUGACAGGUUUAUGGGCAGCCCAGACAACAUGCAGCGUUUCCCCAACAGUGGACCCAUGCGUAUGGGAUCAGAUGACUUUGGAGGGGGCCCACGCAAUGAGGGCAUGGGCAGGCCUUACCCUGGUGACAUCUCCCUGGACAGAGAAAGAAUGAUGGGAGGUGGACCUAAAGGCCCAGAGUCUAGCAGCACCCUUGCAGCACUUCUCAGAUGCCUGGACACCUUUCGUAUUGAGAAUGAAGAUGAUGCUCAGAUUGUGCUGAAGGUCACACAGAAGCUUACAGAUGUCUUGAUGGAAUACCGCCUUCGAAGCAUCUCCUCGGGUCCCAGUUCUGGCUUAUCAAGCUCCCUUGGCAGCAUGAACUACUCUUCACGUAUGCCUCUCAGUUCAAAUGACCGAUACUCUGGAGGCAUGUCAGGCUCUUCAAGAUACUACAACUAAGCAGCUUCAGUGACAUCCCACCUGUUUGUCAAUUCCUGCAUGUACCCCCCUCCUCACCCCUACAGCUGAUCUUCCUCUUUCUACUUUUUAGUACAAAUGUUUUAAUUUGUUUUAUAAUUUUUAGGACCAAAUUUACUGCUACCCCUUUCUGAAUUAAGCUUUUCUGGUUACUUUUCUGGACAAAAUACCAUUCAAUCAGGGUGUUGUUGCAAGACAGAGUUUAAUUAAUCCUUAGAGGUUACAGUGUAUUUGUUUGGUGUUCAAUACAUUUUCUACAGCAAUCCCAAUAAACUCUUUAAACUGUAAUCUUCUGUUGUCUUGACUUUACACUGGAACAGAGUCAGAACAUGCUGUGUGAAGUUAAACAUUUUAAUUAAAACAAUAAAGAUCACCUCAAACUCUUAA